AUGCCCUCGGACGUACUCAACGCGGGUGCCAAACGCGCACCCGUCCCGAUUUUUCUUCUUUUUUUUAAAUUUUUAUUUUAUACGAAUAAUUCACUGAACCCACUAUUUAUAAUAAUAACGAUAAUAUAUAUGUAUUAUUAUAACGUUCAGCCGUGAUUAUAGCUGGGGAGGAAGGGUAGGGAGUUCGCAAUUUUACCGUGUUCGGACUACUGCGACAUAUAUUUCGAAAUUAAUAGCUAAUGGGAUGAGAAAUAUACUCCGAAAUUUCUAUUUAUUCGAUUUUAAAUUUUUAUUUAAUGUGGAUUGUUUAAAAGUACCACCUUUCAAAAACUUAUUGAAAAUUGUUCAUUAAACCUACUAGAGAAAAGUGUAAUAGCAGGUCAAAAUAAAUUAAGUCCUUAUGUUUUCGUAGCUGAAGAUGCUUUCCCACUUUCUCCAUGUAUAUUGAAACCCUAUAGUGGACAUCAGAAUAAAGGCUCGAAAAAUCGUACAUUUAAUUACCGCCUAAGUCGCACCAGAAGAGUCGUGGAAAAUGUAUUCGGCACAAUCGCUUUAAUCUUUCGGGUGUUUCGCAAACCUAUGUUGUUGCAACCGGAAAAUGUGGAAAAAGCUGUACUAGCUUGUGUAUACCUACACAAUUAUUUACGUAAAAGCUCGUUAUCAAAAAAAAGAUAUACUCCUCCAGGAGCAUUCGAUUCAGAACAAUUAGAUACUGGCACAAUAGAAAGAGAAACUUAG